AUGUUCAUAUAUCUGGACGCAAUCUCUCGACUUCUGGACGGCUCUGCCACCGUGGUCGACGUUCAGUUACCCAAGCAGACGAAAGGGAAAGAAACCGCACCUGGAUCCUCCCCGGUUCAAGCCAACAAGAAGAAGCUCAAUAUCAAUUCCUCCGCUGAUUCUUCCGUGCCCUCGUCCCCCAACCCUCCCACCGAACCAGCCCCCUUGGUGCAUCUAGAGCCUCCGCCGCCUCCAGCAAACCCCCAUCUACCAAUCCCCCCGUCCGAUCUCGAUUACGUUGAUUAUUUACCAAAAAUCAUUCAACCUGAAGUCCGGAAUGUUGUGGAUGUUCAAUCAGAUGGUCACUGCGGAUUUCGGGCUGUGGCUUACGGGUUGGGCCGUGGGCAGGGAGAUUAUAUGGCGGUACGAUACGAGAUGUAUAACAAAAUUGUCCGUUGGCCUGAUUGGUAUCGGAAAGUGUUCCACAAAGUUGAGGGGGCUUUGGCUCCUAUCAUGGUUGAUUCACCAGCACCUUGUCCAAAGGCUCAUUGGAUGUCCAUGCCUUCAAUGGGUGAGUUACAUAACCCAAGACUCUUUCCGGCCCCUCAGCUCAUGAAGGGUUGGAAAGAAAAGGCAUCAGAAGAGGCUUGGGGAUGGGAAGCCAUCUUUUCUGAUUGCUUCCAAUUGACUAAAAAAGCACCAGCCCAACAGUCAAACUUGAAGUCCCAACAAAAGGAAGAUGUAAAUAAUGAAGAAGCUGAGAAAUCUGAUAAGCCUGUUGAUACCUUCAUUGCCUACAUCCACUUCACACCAUCGGAAGAGCUUUCACAGCAGGACAAAGAAGAUCUCAACUAUGUUACAACCUUUUUACAUCAAUCACAAAAAUUUGUCAAUGUUAUCCAGCUCCCCCAGAAAAUCUAUUGUGGCAAUAUGUGGACGAUUGGCUGGCGUAAGCCUCAAACAGAGGGUGAGAUGGCUGGACGUUACAUUGAUACACCCGGUAUCAAAAAAAACUUCUUCGCCUAUUUGGAUUAUCUGGGGGAUGGAGUUUCGGCCAGCUCUAUUAUACAUCGAUUAUUCUACUCAAUUACGGAUGUGGCUGUCAAUGCAGCAAAUAACUUACUGACCUCUCUGGGAAUGCCACAUUAUUCGGACGCCAACUUGAAUAACGACAAUUUGGAUCACAAAUUCGCAUCCAAUUUGGCCUUUACACGGGACGAAUUUUCCAAUAAACCACACUGUGACGAAGAUGCGGGUGCUACCGCAUUCCUAUCAUUAACAAAUAUCAACAAAAAAGAUGGUUCCAUUGCUCUGAACAGUCACCUUGAUCCCACCUUCAUAGGUCCCUUCUUUGUUUUUCCUGAUCAUAAAGUGGCAAUUGACUUGCGAAAAUUAAAUGGCAUAUGCCGCGUAGUAUUUGAUGCAGGCCAAUUCGAACAUUGUACUCAUAAUAAUCAACCCGCUCAUUCAACCCUUACUCCAUUUGGAUUUUCCCUCCAAAUAUCCCGGAGUUGUGUUGAUGCAUUUCGCCGUAUCUUUAGUGGGUAUUAUGAAAACAGAGUAACCCCCAAGAAUAACAUCCCAUACUACCUUGGGGAUCAUGAUUAUAUCUUCAAUAAAGUUGUUGACAAAUUUGUUUAA